AUGGCAGGCAUGCAGUUUGUGUCGGCGGGUGCUUCCAAUGAUGAGCAGCAAAAGACACGCAGGGCGAUUCGCCGCCAUGUCAUGCUGGGAAAGAAUCGAGGACGCACUCCGAAGAACCCAAAGCAAUCUAAAAUUCCGGGCGCUGGUAUCCUCACCAGUGACCAAACCGAGCACAGCGAUGGUCAAAUUCAGUCAAGAGUCCCUCGCACAGUCUGUUCUGACUUGUCAUUAUUGGUGUUCGCGGACAAAGUCGAUCUUCAUCUCAGAAAUGUGACCCUUCGGCUUUGUAUCACAAUGUCGGAACACGUGUACAUGCUCGAGCCCUGCGUCGCCUUCGAUAACAGCAAUGAUGACGUUGUAUGCCUGUCGCCGCUCAUGCAUGACUCGCUUUACAUGAACAUCAUGGUAUUUGGAGCUGCUGCGUUCAUCGACAUUGCUUUCCAACAGGCUACAUCUCAACCGUGGAGGAAUCGCCAUGACAAUGGUUUGCAGCAUUACGGCCAAGCUCUCCGGCUGUUACGAGAACGACUUGCAGCGGUUGACAACCGAUCCCCCGUCCUGAAAAGCCAGUUACACGACGCAGCGAUCACGGCCGUGUUUGUUUUUGCUAUGCAUGCUUUGCUACUAGAGAACUUCAGUCUUGCAAGAUGUCACCUCCUGGCGUUGAGCAAGCUGGUCAGCAUGAGAGAGGGUGGGCUUAACGCAUUUCGAGGCAGGAUAAAACAGAUGAUAGAGAUCAUGCGAUGUGACCUUUCCGUCUCUAUCGCAACAGGCGAAGCGCCUCUGCUGUUGAAGGAAAACAUGGGUGUUCCUGCCUCGGAAAUAUCCUUUCAGGAUGAAUCGGUCUCCCUUCACAGGUCUGUCACCAUUGAUGAUCUGGAGCUUUGUCAAAUCCGGGACUGUCUUGGUAGUUUCUUCUCCCUGCUCAAUAAGGCAUCCAUGCGGCGCAGCAAACUUCCUGACGCCCUGCUUCGUGAUACGAUAUUCUCUGUCAUAUAUCGGCUAGCCUACAUGCCUUGCGUGCCAGGCUCAUGCAACGAGUUGAUUCAUCUGACCAUGCUCUCCUUCUGCGCCAGAACCGUUUUACAAUGGCCACUAGUUCGACUGCCAUUUACCUGGCUGAAGUCUGCGUCUCAGCGGUCCAUAGAUCGAACAAUGCGAAAAGAUCUUGUUGUCAUGGACUCCAAAACGAGACUUUGGGUAUUGAUCAUCUACGGCAUUACCUUCACACCACUGAACCCAAGCGAGGAUGAACAAUUGCGGCAAUGGCUGGAGGUUGUGGGCAAGCAGUUCGACCUUGCGAAUUGGGAUGCUGUGAGAGAGGCGAUGAGAGGGUUUCUGUGGGUUGAUGUCGUCUGCAAUCAGGCCACGAGGAGGUUACUUGAUAAGUACCAUUCACUUCUUCGCCCCUUCGUUGAUGGCGUAGCCUUCGCACAAGCGGCAAAGGCCACAGGGGACAUGUUUUCCAAUUUCGAACUCUACCGCGACUGUCUGCUCGAGACCGAAGUCAAACGCAAACACACUCGGUCUUGGUCUGGCUGUCUGCCAUGCCGGAAGCGGAAGAAGAAGUGUGACGAGCGACGGCCCGUGUGCGAGAGAUGUGCAAAAUUUGAUGGUGUACAAUGCCACUACCCGUCACCUGGUAGAUCUCCUACAUCCUCGCCGUCUCCAGCAAGCAGCGAGCCCAAGUUCAAGCAUACGCCUCGUACUCCCCCUGAGAUGACGGGCAAGGAUCUGUCAAACAAUGUAACCAAGAGCAUCAUAUACUCGAAGCCUAGCUCCAUGCCGUGGUCGGUCGACGAUAUUCCGCCGUGCUCACUUACAGAUCUAUUUUUUGUCUUCAGCCGACCAGCACACGCAAUUGACCUUGGGCCAGAAUCCAGCAUCAUCUCCUUGACCAUUCCACUCGCCGCCCGAUCUCCUGCAAUCUUCCAUUCCAUGGUCUCAUGCUCCUCUAUUUUCCUCUCCCGCAAACAGGCCACCUGGCAGCAAGUCGCCGUUCGACAUCAUUGCGAAGCACUCCGAGGUCUGGCUUUGGAAAUGUCAGAUGGAAAUUUAUCCGAAAUUGCUGUCGCGGAAUCCUCGCUUGCAGUAAUUAUGAUGCUUCACCUGUUUGAGAGGUUCGAUUCAUCUUCGAAAACUCCCACCUGCGCUCACUUAUUGGCCGCACAAGAUAUUUUCCUCAAAGCAUGCUCGACUCGUCUUCUCGAAACGAAGUUGGGUGCUUUGGUCCUCGAGGCAUUCGUCUAUCGUAUAUCGAUAAACAGCCCCUUUCAUCCUGAAUUGGUCAAACGGUAUAAUACCAUGGAAACACUGACAAGACUGAUCACGAAUUCACGAGCGAUGAAACGCGGAGACCUCGCAUCAUUUCGGCGGUCUCUGUGGCUCGGACUGCCACCGGACGUAUAUGGUUCAUUGUACCAAGUUUCAUACCUCUUGCGCAUGAUGCCACUCGACAGAAAGCAGCGAAACGAUGCCAUGUCGUUAAGUCAACAUUUGAGAGCGUUGCGGUCGGAAGGAUCGCCAGAUUCGGAAUCUGGAUUUGAUGAUGAUACUUCUGUCGGCGUGGGAACUUUGGCAGCUCGGGUCCGGCAUCUGUAUCUGGCUGCGGCCGAACUCAUCUUGUGGAAGAUCUUGGAACCAGAUCUCAGAGCAACCGACAAUCGUGUGCAGCGACUGUUACACGAAACAAUGGCUGAUCUCUCUUCGUCCGAUGGACUUUCGCAGCACAUCACGCCUGUGGUGAUUUGCCCCGUCGUUAUCCUCGGGACAGCCGCGGUUCACUGCCGAGACCGGGAUUUCCUGAGAUCUCAAUUGAACAGAAUGCAAAACCUUACAGGUGGGCGAGGUCUAGACUCUGUCCUGAGCUUCUGGCAAGAUUCGUGGUCUGAAAUUGCCGAAACACUCGACAGUGGCGAUGGAGUGCCAGAAUUCGAGUCCUCUCAACUCAACGUCUGGUUUGACGAUUCUCGUUUGAGACGUGUAGUCCUCUAGUGCCUGCGAGUCAUCGCUUUCCGACCUGUAUGUAAUGAUUAGUUG